UUGUUCAGCCUCCGUAAUUCGAAUACCAGGGAAGGCUCAGCCCGCCCAGCGCCGCGCUCCGGGGCCCAGCGCGCGGCACACGCAUCCACCCACCCACCCACGCAGCGGCCAUGGGCAAGGACAAGCAGCCCCGCGGCCAGCACAGGCAGGGGGGGCCGGCCGCGGACGCCGCCGGGCCCGACGACAUGGGGCCGAAGACGGGCAAAGGGGCCCCCAAGCAGUGCGGGGAGGAGGAGGCCCGGACGUGCUGCGGCUGCCGGUUCCCGCUGCUGCUCGCGCUGCUGCAGCUGGCCCUGGGCAUCGCCGUGACCGUGGUGGGCUUUCUCAUGGCGAGCAUCAGCUCCUCCCUGCUAGUCAGAGACACUCCAUUUUGGGCUGGGAUCAUUGUCUGCUUAGUGGCCUAUCUUGGUUUGUUUAUGCUUUGUGUCUCAUAUCAAGUUGAUGAAAGGACAUGGAUCCAGUUCGCUAUGAAACUGUUGUACUUUCUGCUGAGUGCCGUGGGCCUGACAGUCUGCGUGCUGGCCGUGGCCUUUGCUGCCCACCACUACUCACAGCUCGCCCGGUUUUCCUGCGGAACGGCUCUCGACGCCUGCCACUGCAAGGUGCCCUCCGAGGAGCCCCUCAGCAGGACCUUUGUGUACAGGGAUGUGACGGACUGCACCAGCAUCACGGGCACUUUCAAAGUGUUCUUGCUCAUCCAGAUGAUUCUUAACUUGCUCUGUGGCCUUGUGUGCUUGCUGGCGUGCUUUGUGAUGUGGAAACACAGGUACCAGGUUUUUUACGUGGGGGUCAGAAUGUGCUCCCUCAGGGCUUCUGAAGGUCAGCAGCAAAAGGUCUAACGUUCUUGCUCACGGGUGGGAGACGAAGCAGCCCACUGCCGAGCUGAGGUCAAAAAAGAGAAAGGGAAGGAAGAAAGAGAGAAAGAGAGAGGAGGAAAAAAAAAAAAAAAAAAAAAAGAAAAAAAAAAAAACUUUUGACAGUAACUAAUAGUCACUGUUCUAAAUGAAUGUUUUUGUAUUUUUUAGGAAAUAAACACAUCUCUUCAGGUUUCUAUAAUAUUUUUAAAAACUCUUACAGGGAAAUUAACAUCCAGACUGACUUUGGGACAUUAAAAGAACACAGAACAGGGAAAGAACAGCAUGUCUAUCUUUGCCGCGUGGAGUUUAGCCCUCCUAGAGCUGUCUCCCGCUUCCUGAAAGCUGAGCAGCCCCAUGAAAACUUUUGUAAACCGAAAUGGUGUAAAGGGAGAGGCUGAUCUGUAGAAGCAAAAAAAUCUUCAGCUUUCUUUCAGUUAGCAGAAAUGGAUCCUCAUCUAGAUAGUUUCGGAGAGUGGGGAAAACCUGUCCUCAUUUUAUUCCUCAUUUGUCUAAUCUUCUUUCCUGCAAGUUCAGUUUAUAGUGCGCGUUGGCAUUUCAGGCCCACGUCGUAAAUUUUGCCGUCUUUUCCAGAACCUCCCACCUCCCUCCAUGAUCUGCCCUAAGUCUCGCAGAAAGGCAGGGGUGGGGGAGGAGAGCUGAACAGCCAGGUUGAGCCUCUCUAUUUUCGCUGGUGGAGAUGUCUUCAAGGCAUGAAACAGCUUGAAGGAGCAGAGAAGAGGAAGAGACUUCGCAAAGGCACGAUAAUUAUAAACACCUGGGCUGGGGCGGAGGCCCUUUUCUCCUCAGCUCCCUGAGUUUGGCUCCAUGAAUGGAUCCCUUGCUUAACGCUUUGGAUGAUUGUCUGCUUCUCAAUAAUUGAAAGUUGGUGGUAGUUGUCUUCUUAAUGAUGUAGAAGGCUCAAAAAUAAUUACAUUAUGCUUCUAUUCUAUCACUAAAACAAAUCAUUAAAACUAAUUUCUACCUAAUUGUUAAUUAUAAUUAUGCUCCGAAGCCUACUUAAUGAGCCCUGGCUGUUCUUACGUAGUAGCACCAUCAGAGAAAUUACUCUCACAAGAGAGGAGGCUUAAAGAUUCUUUCUUAUGAAAGCCAAGCUUGACAAGGGAGAAGAGAAAUUUUUUUUUUUAUUAAUAGCUCAGGUUAAAAAUACUCAUUUAAACAAAAGCAAGAGCAUUUGUAAUGGGCGAUGUUUGUACAAAUAGCACAUUUGUGAUAUGUUGUGGAGUAUCUCUCUUGACAGCUAAGUCCUUUUGAGGAAGACUGGGAAUGGCCAUGCCUUCCAUUCAUAAAAGUGUAUCUGAUUUGUAAUCCUACUAUUGACUUGUAAGCACAGUUCCCCCGGAGUCUUCAACUCCUGUUUUGAAGUCCUGAUUUAAGCAUCUGCCCGUUGACUUGGAAGGUAGUUUUUAUUUUGUUCUGUUUCUAAGUUACCACGACUUUAAAAAAAAAAAAAAAA